GAAUACUCCGGGUGAGUACCGACAAGAUGCAGCUACCGUCUGAAAGCAAAGACCGGAGGAAGGGUAGACGCAGAAACGAGAAAGAGAAGAAAAAUUCGAGAAGAAAAAAAUAAAAACCAAGAGAAGAGAGAGAGAAAGAAGACAGCUGCGAGUUUUGUUCGAGUCUCGUUGGAGUACGAGCGAGAGGCGGAGAAAAAUUAGGACGGAGAGAUAAUACUAAAUUGUUAGAAAGGGAGGAAAAAAGUAGCCAUGAUUCCGAUUCGGAUCCCGUCACCGCCCGCCGCUUUGACUACGAAGCUUCUGAUGCCAGAAGCAGCACGACUGAAGAUGGCUUAGAGAGAGAGAGAGAGAGAUCUUCUUUUUGGAUCUCUUGUGGUUCUCUCUUUUAUUUAUUUUUGGGCUCUGGUUUGGCUUUGGCGGGAAGGGGGGAGAUGAGGCGGGUGGGGCGGGCGGACUCGCCGGAGGUGGUCGAGGUGGUGAGGGUGAACGAGUCCUCGCCGGAGUCCAGCUUCCGCGAGCUCGACGACGUCUUCUUGCAGACUCAGGCAAGAAUAUGGCUUGCGGAAGUUCUGCACAUCAGAUUUGAUGAGGAGAUGGCUAUUGCCGAAUUACUUGCAGAUGGGGAAUUGCUGUUUCAAGUAUCAAAAAUAGUAUGGAAAAUGCUCUUGAAAAAGUAUCCAGAGCUGAAGCAUUCGAAAGUUUAUAUAUAUGAACGAACUUCUUUUGGCAAAAGUGGUAGGAAGUACAUGCCUUAUCCAAAGGUUGACUCAUUUUUGAAGAUCUGCCAGAUCCUGGGGUUAACUAGCAUUGAUUUGUUCUCCCCAUCUGAUGUUGUUGAGAAAAGAGAUGUUCGCAGAGUCUGUAUGUGUAUACGUUCUCUCUCUAAGAAAGCCAGGUUGAAAAACUUAAGAGUUCCAGAUUUUGAUAUCGUCACAUAUACAAUAGUCAUGCCCACCGAUCUGGUUGGUGGUAUCCGCAGAAACUUGGAACAAGCACAAUGUAGCUCAUCAAGUUCCAGCGGAUAUAGUCCUUGCAUUGAUUUAAGGGAAAUAUACCGACAGAGGAAUCCCAGUGGUAACCAUGCUCAGCACCAUGACUCAAAUUCCGAGUCAGAUGAAGCAGAAAGUUGUUUUACUGAAGUAGAAUUUCAGAGUCCACGGUCAAAUGCUUCAUAUGAUGCUGCUGCCCUGUUCAACAUCAUUGGAGGGAAUUGCCCUGAAGGAAACUCAGUUGAUGAUGAAAAUUUAUCUCAAAUGCAUAUGGACUUUAGCAUGGAUAGCCAGGAGUGUCGUGAAGAUGAGCAAAAGUGUAGGCUUCAUGAAGAAAUUAUGUUAACUGAAUUAGUAGAUUUGCCUCAUGCAUGUGUUAGAAGAAAUGACAGCCAUGAUUUCAUAGAUACACUUUACUGUAAGUCAUUCUUGUUCCAUAGCGAAUGUCAAACUUAUCAAGGUUCAAGGACCUAUUUUGCUCAAAUGGGAGACAUAAAAUAUCCAAACUGCCAGAAAUCUGGUGACGAGAUUCACAGUGCUAAAAUCAACUGUUUCCAAACUUAUCCUUCAUGCUUUGAGGAUUCUACAUCUGGAUCAGAUAAGAAACUUAAUGUCAGCGGGGAAGAAGCUUAUGAAGGGUAUGUCGGCUCAGCUCUGAGGAAUAUAAAUGAUAAAACUCUCUUUUCGAAAUGCACAAUCUCCAAUACUUGUACAGAUCUUGACAAUGAAAAAGAAGAUUUUGCCAAGGCAUCUGCAGGUGGUCAGGGUGAAAUUGUAAGUGAUGCCCCAGGAGAGGAUAAUGUACGAUCUGAUUGCUCGGUUCGGUAUGAGGACACCAUCAAUGAUUGUUAUAAUUGUGCACUUGAAUCUCAUGAUAGGAAGCCUAGAAGUAGUGACAUCAUAGAGUUUUUAGAUGGAGAAUAUGAUCCAACUCCCAGAGGAUGUAUUAGUGUUUCUGGAAAUGAGGAACUUAAACAUGACGGAAAUUUUGUCGACAGGAAGACUUCACCAGCAGACUUUAUCAGUCAUCAAGCAAGUUUUUCGGACUUAAAUGUCUACAGCAUGGACAGUUCUGACUUUCUUAAUUCUGAUUCACUGGUACUAGGUGGCUCAGUCGGUAUGGACACGGAUAAUUUAGAUUCAAAUUGUAGAGGCAUUAAAUGCAAGGAUAAAAGGAAACCCUUUGAGGAGGACCUGGAUUCUGAAAUACUGUCUACAGCUGAAGCUCAGGCUCCUUCAGAAAAUGCUGUCACUGAAGACAAAUUAAACAAGUACGAUUGUACCACUACCAGUUGGCAUGACAGAGAGAGAAAUGAGGACAAGGAUUUGUUGACACCCAAAAGCUGCUGUUUAAGGGCCAAAACUGCAGGUAUCAAAAGAACCUCUUUGAAUGGGAUAAAGUUGCCGCCCAUUCCUUAUUCUAGUAAACCUGUUGAUUUUCUUAGAUGUGAUACUAAAGAAUCACAGCCUUGCUUCAAAACUGAGGAUGAAAAUUCUGCUGGAUCUUUAUCAUCAAAUGCAGACGAGCAGGAUUUUUGUGUGGGAAAUGUAAGGCAAUUAUGCAGCCAAUAUCAUAACCCACCUCAUGCAGAUUCAGCUUACAAAAGUGAUGAAUGGGUUAUACCUUCCCAUUCUGAUAUCCUCUCUGAUUCAGGGAUCACACAGGGUAAAAACAAUAGUGCCACUGGCACAAUCAUGUCAGAUGGAUGCUCCAAGGCUGAAUCAGAAGAUAUUCUCUCACAAAAUGUAUGGACUGCCCAUAGUGGAACUUCAGGAGUAGCAAUGUGCCUAGUACCAGGCAAUAGAGACGUUUCCACCUCUGAUAGUGAGAUGGAUGCAAUUGAACAGCCAGAUGAUUCAACAGCACAUAAAGAAGAUACCACUUACGGCCAUUCCAUGAGUUGUCCAAAGCAUAAAUCUGUGACCAAUUUCAACUUUCAUGGUGUCAAAAGCCAAUUAAUUGCUGGGAACUUUAACACUGCAAAUGAAGGUGGAUUGAAAAAUAGCUUAAUUGAACAGAACGACAGUUCCUGUUUUCAUCCAUGUGAAGCAUGCCAAGAUCCGGUGGUAGAGACUAAACAACACUUACCUGAGAAACAAUGUGCAGAAAAUAGUCUGAAUUGCUAUACUCAGGGUGGAAGCAUCUCAGACUUUUCCACCAAAUGCAGCUUACAAUUGAUUGAAACAGAGAAUGAUGACGAGUGUUGCACGAGCUCUUCCGAAGUAGAAGAUUCAUGUGUUCGCUGGAUGAAACCUUUGUCAAACAGCUGUCAGGUAUCUUGCCAGCAGCAGAUUCUUUCAGUAGAGGAAAUGACCAUUAGGCAUUUGCAUUCAUCAAUGCCAAAUGACAUGUUAUCAAUUUGUGAUUUCGAUUCAUCAUGUCAGCAGCAGAUUCAGCAAACUGUUCUUGAUGCGUCAGACAACACAUACUUGCCAGUGGGAAAUGAUAUCAUGCAGAGAAAAGCAUCAGGUAGCCUGGGGAUAUAUUGUAAGGACAGAAACGAAUUUAAUGGGUCGGAAACAGGAGGGACUGAAGUUACUGAAAAUUCCAAAGCACCCUGCACCCGUUACCCAAAUGAACUUGAUGGCUCAGAAUUUGUGGAUACCCAUAAUGCAGGUCCUGGAUCACCAGAUCAAGGUGGGGAUUGUGAAAUGGUGUCUAUGUACGAAUCUGCAAGUUAUGACAGCAUUGCCUACAAUGGCAAUGGUAAGCAGGUUCAGGACAACAUUUUGCAGACUGAGGAAAACCUGCCCUUCUCAGCUCCAGGAUGUGCAGUGGAAGGGGAAGAGAAUAAUUGCGUAGAGCAAAUUUCCGAGGGUACAAAAGAAAGUGAAGAGGAAUUGGUGACACCACUUGAUUCAAGUGGGAAAAGAGAUGGAACGACAGGCGAGAUGCAGAGGCCAGGCAAGAUAAUGUUGAAAUCAGUUGCUGGAGGAAUUACGCUAGUUGGUUCACUGUUUCUUUUACUACACCUCAGCAGGAGAAAGAGAGAUAAAGAGAAAAAUAGUACAGCAGUUGUGCCAUUACAGACUCAAAAAGCAGGCAUGGAGGGUUCCACACAAAAGAAAGUAGAGAUAGGUAAAUCUGAUGCACUGUAUCCUGGAGAGAGGCUGAAGUUUUAAGACCAGAAUAUAAUGAUAUUGAACCUAGGCUGAUUGCAAGUUACACGAACCUAGUAAUUACUUACUUAGCAAACAGGAUCUUUCCACUAAUGCUGCUACAACAUGCUGCAACUCUAGUUUGGUUAAUAACUCAUUUUCCAGGUUGUGUAUAUAGGAAUAUCGCAAUUACUUCUUGACCUUGUAUAGUUUUUUGACGGGUGUAAAAAAUGGCAUGCCUAUCAUGCUGUGUAAUCUCGGCAGUGUAUAUAUGAUCGGCAGUGUAUAUAUGAUCAGCAUGAAAAAUGUGAUCUGAACAAUGUAACAAUGAAAUUUUGGGCAAUGAAAUACUUGCAGCAGUCUUGAGAAAUCA